CGCGCCGCUACCAGCACGUUCGGAGCGCGGGCCAUGGUCGCGAGAACCGAUGACAUGUUCGGCUGCUACGGUGACAGCUACUCGUAUCGCCUGUGGAGCUGGCCAACGUGUGGGGGCGCCUGUCGAUGUGAGUAGGAGGCCGUGUCGUGGCCGCGGCCGAGUGUCUCUCAGUGAGGUGAUGAUAGUGCACAGCUCUCUUAUGGAGUUGUCGGUUGGUCUGAACGUUCGUCAGCGCCCUGGCUGGCCGACAUGAGGAGUAAGCAGGUCCCCACGUCGACGACCUCCGCCAGGCGGCGAGCUGCCUUCAUCCGGCCUCUAGCUGGUGGAGGUUCCGAGAUCAAGACGUGUGAGGAGGAAGAGGAUCGUGGGUCUUCGCCCCUGGGUCCCGGCGGGCCUUUCCCCUGCAGCCACUGUCGCGGAGCCUACCCGACCCGCGAACAGCUCGAGCGACAUGAGACGCUGCACGCGCCGAGCACUCAGGUGGAUAGCAUAAAAUAUACGUGCAAAAUAUGCCACAAGAGUUUUCAAAAUGUCUACAGACUUCAGCGUCACAUGAUAAGUCAUGAUGACAGCGCGAAGUUACGCAAAUAUAAAUGCAAUGACUGCGAUAAAGCAUUUAAAUUUAAACAUCAUCUCAAAGAGCAUCUCCGGAUACACAGUGGAGAAAAACCGUUCGAAUGCGCUAACUGUGGAAAAAAGUUUUCACAUUCCGGCUCUUAUUCGUCUCAUAUGACUUCCAAGAAAUGUCUUGUUAUGAAUCUCAAAAUGGGAAGAAUAAAGCCAAAUAAUCCGGCAUUGAAUCCAGACAGGAGUCCAUCUCGGAAACGUGCAAACGCGAUGGCAGCUAGUCAGUUGAAUAAUAAUAUCGCGCCAAACGGCAAUUCGUUUUUGCCAAUAUUGCCAAAGUAUAACGAAGCUGCAGCAUUCUUCGCAUCUAUGUCAUCUCAAGAAAAUAAUUUCCUGAGGCCCCCGUUGGGUCAACCUGGAUUAAAUCCUUUCUAUAUGCCUCCUGGUAUGCCAAUGAGCCCAGCCAACGGUAUUGCACCUUACACCUUCCCUACUUCAUUAAGCCAAUUAUUUGAGCAACUGGCCUCUCAACAUUAUCAACAACGAAAAAUAGAGAUUCCUAGUCCAAAGCUUGUGAGUCCACCCGCAAACCCUGAAGACUUAAUCGAGGAAGUAGUGGAUGAGGAAGAUAAGCGCUCCGAGGCCAGCGCAGAACUAGUGAUGGAUAUAGACGACGAUGACAACGUUACCGUAAAGAAGGAACAAGAAGACCGGGAAACUGAGGCGAGUUCUCCUUCCCGUAAUUACGAAUCUAUCUUAAGUAGCAAUGAACGCGGCGAGUCCGACAUCAAUCAUUCGGAUUUUAAUACUGUUAAAGCAUCCGAUACUAAAUAUUAUUUUAAGACGCACAAUGAUCAGCAGUCUCCUAUAUCUGGCCAGGAAUACCCCGGUGAAGCUUUACCAUUGACACAGAUAAAUGUUAAAGAGGAACCUGAUAUUGAUACCCUACGUUGCUUAAAAUGUAACGUAUUGUUCAAUGACAAAAAUGAUUUAUUGGAACAUGACAAAGCAGCGUGUGGUAAUAUUUUUAGAAAACAUGAAGGACUAGCUGCUCAAGUGGCUGAGACGGUGGCUCUGAAUAGAUUAGAAGCUGAAAUGCGCGCAUCUAUACAAAGUGGGGUAAGUGCGAGUGAAGAUGAGGAUUUCGGGAGAGAGGAUCGGGAAGACAAAGCCUCUAUAAAUGAAAAUGACAGAAAAAUCAGAGUUCGCACCGCACUAACCGAAGAACAACAGAUGGUGUUAAAAAGGCACUAUUCGAUCAACCCUCGACCGAAUCGAGAGGAAUUUAAGAAGAUCGCACAGCAGAUAGGCUUAGAUAACCGAGUAGUACAAGUUUGGUUCCAAAAUAAUAGAGCCAGAGUACGUAGGAUGACUCAGGCCGUCGCGAUAUCUGAUCAACCUCUAGAUUUAUCUACAAAAAAAUCUAAUGCCUCCGUUACUUCAAGCCCGUCACCUUCACCGACUUGCAGCAUUUCAGUAACACAUUCCGAUUCCGAGGAAGCGGUUAAUUUAAGUCAAAAAUCUUCUCGCAGCACGACCCCACAUCGCGCUAACUACAUAAAUACGUAUCCACAUUCCAACUGCUCGUCCUCAUCGUUCACGGAUUUUCGGUUAUCACCCUCACCAGGUGAAACUAUGAACGGUUACAAAAGAAUGUUGCAACAGAAAAUGCCCAUCAAUCCUAUGAUGCCGAUGGACAAACUUCUUCAUUACAACGACCUGAGUAACGGACGAUCUCCAAUUCUUAACAUGCAAGUGCCCGAGAGGCAAGAAUCCAGUCCGUCUUACGACCGCCCAAUAUGGAACGAGGAUCUCCAGACUCAAAUCGAAUUAGAAGAUGAAACCACUGUACUUAAAAAGAGCAAAAUAAAGGCUGGAAAUGAGUUGAAAGAGGGAGAAGGACAAUUCGUUUGUGAUCAAUGUGAUAAAACUUUUGUCAAGCAAAGUUCUCUCGCGAGGCAUAAAUACGAGCACUCAGGUCAGCGACCUUACAAAUGCUUGGAAUGUCCUAAGGCUUUCAAGCAUAAGCACCACCUGACUGAACACAAGCGGUUGCACACCGGCGAGAAGCCGUUCCAGUGCUGCAAGUGUCUCAAGAAGUUCUCUCACUCCGGCUCCUACAGCCAGCACAUGAACCACAGGUUCGCGAUCUGCAAGCCAUACAGAGACUAGUUCCUUAACUACAUACGAAACUCUCAUUACGUAUUGACUGUGACGAAUUUUAUUUUGCAAGGCUGUUACUUAGUAAUACGUCUCGAAUAUUAUUUUUGUUAAAUUAUAAAUAAUCUGAUCUUCAAUUAUAAUCUGUUGGAUUUUGAAUCACACAAAUGUAUUGAAAUUAACAACGAAUCUUAGAGGACAUCGAAAAUCACAUAACUGAUACGUUACAAAGUAUUCCCGCUCGGUAUUUUAUUUCGGAAUAAUAAUUUAAAUUUUGCUCAACGUCAUACGUAUGACAUUCACGUAUUUAACAAUAGCCUAUUUAUAUAGUAACUAGUGCCAAAUGUACCAAAGAAACCUUUUGUGCCAUCUCAUAUGCCAAAAAAAUAUUUUUUAAGAUAAUUAUAAUUUUAUGUGUUAAUUCACGCCAGUACCUAGCAUAAUACUCAAUACAUUUUACUAUAUUAUUUUUAUAUUUCUGUGAAAUUAUAUGACGUAGUUAGGAGUAAUCUCGUAUUACCUAGUUGAUAUAUUUAAUUGAAAAUUUUAUUGGUGAAACAGAACAAAUAUUAAAUUAGCUAUGACAAUAUAUCUAUGUAUCUAGUUGUGUUAAAAUAUUGUCACUGAUUUUAUAAAAUGUAUACCAAAGACAACAGUUUAGAAGAACACCUUAUAAAAUUGUUCAUUAGCAUUUCGACACCCUCACGACUUUCUUAUUAGUGUCAGUACGUAUGAAAUAAUAUUUCGUGUAUCAAAAUUUGUCAUAAAAGCACUUCUUAAUCUUAAUCUAUACUAAAUUUAAAUCUUUAAGCUUCUUGUAUUUUAGCGCUAAGUGUCUUGAUAGUCCUUGCAUAAGUUUAAAGCAUUCCAUAAUACUCCUGUGGGAUCUCUGCUGUGUUUAAAACUCUUUCUAUUAAUCCAAAGAUAAGUAUAUAAUACGUGUAAAUAAACAAUAUGUUGUAAAUAUAAUGAGAUUUUAUAUGUAAAUACUAUUGCUUAAAUGUAUUGGAACAUUUUAGGUAAGGAAUCGCGUGGUGUACUUUAAACAAUGAAUAAGAGACAAUAAUGAAUUAUGGACAUCUGUAUAUUGGAAUAUAUAUAUAUAAUUAUAUUAUUAUUUUUUAUAUAAUUCCCGUAAUACAAAUAUUUGUUAAGUAUCUGAGAUAUACGUCAAGGUUUUAACGAAUUAUUAUAUUUGCAUUUCAAUCAAUAUAGAAUUAUUUAUUCGAUGUACUUAAUAUUUUUAGGUACGAGCAUUCGAUUACAAAAGCAACAAUAGACCGGUAGUGUUUCAUAGCAUUUACCAACACUGCAGUAUGUUUGAACAGAGUUCCUAUUCAUAAUAUUUGUAAGAGAUGCCUAAUGAUUUAUCUAUCUAUAUAAAAUAAGUAGAUAUUGUUAAUUUUUGGAGGUUUCUAAUCAACGAAUUACAUAAAUGAUCGCCGUCAAAAUAUCGUUUGAACCGAGCGACGGCCGGGCGACAGUAUUCGAGAGUAGUUAUAAACUAUUUAUACAUUUAUAUACAUAUAAUGCAUUAUGUGUUCGCUGAUAUAAAGUCACAUGACGCACAUAGGAAAAAUAUACUUCAGUUUAUUAUCUGUUACACCAUACACGAUCACUUCAAAUAGCUUGUCUUACAUCGUUCCACGUCAGAAGAGAGAUUCGAUGUCUAUGGAAAACAUUAUUUGUAAACAGUAUUCGUUGAUGUUCAUCGUCCCGCGCAAAAAUGUAUUAAAUUAAAUGAAAUUAUUGAUAGCGUAGUUGUAUUAAAGGAUCCUGUUUGACCUUUCAUAUUUUAUUAAUUAUAAUUUUAAUGUAAGUGAUUUCCAAAUUAUCACCGGUGGGCUAGAUAAACCAAAGAUUAAUUAAUGAUACUCUAAGAUGUGGAAACUGUAAUAUAUAAACUCCCAUCUAGUUUAGUUUAAGUUGUGCCAAUAAUUUUAAUGCUUACAUGUAAAUGAUAUAUUAUAAGUAAAGGCGUAUGUACUGUGGCAUAUUAAGUUAUGUUCUUGUGCAAUAUAAUAUUGCAGAGAAGUAUUUUUUCCUUAUAAAUAUAGUGAUACGUUAGGCCAAAGUGAAUUCCUAUUGCCAUGUUUGUUGUAAGUGUGUUGCCAUGGGGCAGUCACUUGUUAUUCUAAGGUACAUAGAUUGAUAGAUUGUUAAACUUAACCAUAGAUUAAACUGUGUUAAAAUAUUGCCUAUAAAAAAUAUAAUAAUUCAUUUUACUUGAUAUUAUAAUGUAUAUUGAAUUUAUGAAUAUUAAAAAUAUAUAUAUUGACAUUUCAAUGCAAAAUAA